CUCUCACCUCGCGCCGACGUGCUCCAACACGAGCCCAUCUUCCAGCGCACCUGCACCGCACCGCACGCCGGCCGCUCCUUUCGCUUCCCACCACCACACCCCUGCCCGCCAUGCCCGCCGCGCCGCGCACGCUCUGCCUCUUCGACGUCGACGGCACCCUCUCGCUGGCGCGCCAGCAGAUCAAGCCGGCGACGCUCGACGUGCUCCUCGGCCUGCGCGCCGCGGGCACGUGUGCCAUCGGCUUCCUCGGCGGCAGCAACCUGGCCAAGAUCCUCGAGCAGCUGCAGCUCGCCGGGCGUGCGCCGGUGCUCGAUGAGUUCGACUACGGCUUUGCCGAGAACGGCCUCACGGCCUUCAAGGCUGGGCGCGCGCUCGACAGCCAGAGCUUCAUCGGCUGGCUGGGCGAGGAGCGCUACAAGCAGCUCGUCAAGUUCCUGCUGCGCUACAUCAGCGAGCUCGACCUGCCCGUGAUGCGCGGCACAUUCAUCGAGUUCCGCAACGGCAUGAUCAACGUCUCGCCGAUCGGGCGCAACGCUUCUAUCCAGGAGCGCAUCGACUUUGAGAUCUACGACAAGGAGCACCGUGUCCGCGCCAAGCUGAUCAGCGCGCUCGAGGAGAAGUUCGGCUCGUGGGGCCUGACCUACUCCAUUGGCGGCCAGAUCUCCUUCGACGUCUUCCCCACGGGCUGGGACAAGACGUACGCCCUGCGCCACCUCGACCUGGCGCAGUGGGACACGAUCCACUUCUUCGGCGACAAGACGUACGAGGGCGGCAACGACCACGAAAUCUUCAUCGACGAGCGCGUGCAGGGCCACACCGUCACGAGCCCCGAAGACACCGUCGCGCAGCUGCAGGCGCUCUUCCCCAGCGCCAGCUAG